AUGCAGGUCACCGGCCUCAUCCACGACCUCGGCAAGCUCAUGCUCUUCUUCCCCGAGCUCGAGACCCAGGGCCAGUGGGACGUCGUCGGCGACACCUUCCCCGUCGGCUGCGCCUUUGACCGCCGCAUCAUCCUGCCCGACACCUUUGCCCUCAACCCGGACUCCAGGAACGCCGCCUACAGCUCCAAGUUUGGCAUCUACACCCCCGGCUGCGGCCUCGACAACGUCAUGCUCAGCUGGGGCCACGACGAGUACCUGUACCACGUUGUCCGCGACCAGUCCACCCUGCCCGAUGAGGCCCUCGCCAUGAUCCGCUAUCACUCCUUUUACCCCUGGCACCGCGAGGGCGCCUACCGCGAGCUCAUGUCGCCUAAGGAUCAUGACAUGCUCAAGGCCGUCCAGGCCUUCAACCCCUACGACCUCUACAGCAAGAGCGACGACGUGCCCUCGGUCGAGCAGCUCAAGCCCUAUUACCUCGAGCUCAUUGACGAGUUUUUCCCUCAAAAGGUCAUCAAGUGGUAG